AUGGAUACCACAGGAUCAAUUGAGGAGAAAGGCAUACAUCGAACCGACACCGCCGGCUCCAAUUAUGAAAUCGACAAGGCUGUCGAGCGAUCGUACCUCUGGAAGCUUGAUACAAGAUUGAUCCCUCUUCUCUCUUUCAUGUAUCUCCUUUGCUUCAUGGACAAAUCUAACAUCGGUAAUGCCAAAACUGAUGGCUUGGAAAAGGACAUCGGAUUGUCCGGAGGGCAAUACUCGACUGCGGUUACGAUGCUGAGUAUAACACAAAUGGUCUUCGAGCCGUGGCAAUGUUCGAUGGUCAAGAAGUACGGUGCAAAAUGGAUCCUACCUACCCUAAUGUUCGGCUGGGGCUCAAUCGCCAUGAUACAAGCUGGUAUGGUUGGAAGAGGAUUCGGUUCCUUCAUCUGCCUCCGCCUCGCUCUUGGUUUCUUCGAAUCUGGCUUCUUCUCGGGGACAGUCUUCUACAUGUCGUUGUUCUACAAACGCGAUGAGAUGGCCUUUCGGAUUGCCCUCUUCUAUAUCAGCGCAACUAUCGCUGGUGCUUUCUCCGGUCUCUUUUCGUACGGGCUCUUCCAGAUCAAGCAUGCGGCACUGAAAGGAUGGCAAUACCUCUUUAUCCUCGAAGGCUGCGUUACCCUCCUCGUCGCUCUGUUCGCAUACUGGCAUCUUCCAACAACUCCAGCGAACUUCAGAUACUUCACCGAAGCCGAAAAACGAGUCGGCUUCGUGAGGAUGUCAUUGGACGGCACCUCAGAGGUUAACUCCAAGUUCACCUGGUCAAAAGCCGUCGCUCCUUUCAAGCAGUGGAGGCUCUGGCUGUUCUGCGCUCUCUCCAUCUGCUACGGUGCCGCCACGGGCUCGACUGGAACUUUCCUCCCGCAGAUUGUUGCUCGCCUGGGUUACAGCACUGUCAAGACCAACCUCUACACCGUGGCUCCCAAUAUGGCCGGGUGUUUUGCCACAUUGGCCAUUGCGAAGUCUAGUGACUACUUUCGGGAGCGUUCCAUGCAUCUCAUAGGGGCAUUGACUCUUACCAUGACCGGAUACAUUGUCCUUGCAGCCAUCGAUCCUGUCCACAACAUCUCGGUAUCGUACUUCGCUUGCUUCCUACUCUCCAUGGGCACCUACGCUCCCAGCUGUUUGGUUCAUCAAUGGCAUCAGUCCAACAACCUGGACGAGAGCGGUCGUGCCUUCACGACUGGCGUCAUGCUGGCUCUCUCGAACGUUGGAGUUAUCGUCACAUCACAACUAUUCCAGAACAAAUGGGCACCGGCAUACAAACAAGCCCUCUAUGGAACUGCCGGGUUCCAAGCCGCAGCAAUCUGCAUUGUUGCCUCGCUCGGAAUCAUGUUUCGUCUCAUCAAUAAGAAGAGGGACAAGCAGAUUGGUUAUAACAUCAAGAUACAGGACGUCCCGACGAGUGAGUUGACCGGAUACAACGAUCCCCGUUUCCGGUAUCAGUACUAG